AUGAUAGUCGAAAUACAAGAGGAGGUUAGAGGGAAGAGGCCUUUUAAGAUAUGGGACAGUUCGAGAAAUGUGAGGAAGGGUCUAGUCGUGACCAGCUUUGAAGAGCUCAUUCAUAGAGGAAAAGAGAAGCUAUCGGUAGCUGCGAGUGAGCCAGUCCGAUUGGUGCUAGAGAGUGACGGCACCCAAGUCGAGGACGGCGAGUACUGGCGCACUCUCCCGCCCAACACUGUGCUAUUACUGCUGCGGCAGGGAGAGCGAUGGUACCCCACAGGCGUCGACGUUAUCAAGGCUGCUAUAUCGGCUAUACCGAAAAUUGUAUGCGAGACGAUACACGCUCUCGAGCUGCACGAUGAGACACCUUCAUGGAAAAUCAUGGACAACAAGGGGCGCGUCACAGUGGUACUGCACUGGGACCAACGGCCUCAGGCGUCUCCGGCAGCACGGUCGCCCUCGCGUCAGGCGAAGCCAGACCGGCGGCCCUCGCUCGUCAUACAGACCUCCCUGGAGCGCCCGCAGCCCCCACCGCCGCAUAUCACCGUUGUGAACCACGAUGAGCCAGGGCCGGCGCGCGCGCGCCUCUCGCGGGCCUCCUCCUCGCUCGACCACCACGUGCACACGGCCGAGUGCCGCGCUGCCGCGCCCCCUCCCCAUGCCACGCCCCCCACCCCGCCCACGCACUCGCAUCCCCAUCGUCCUCCGACGGACGAAUGCGAUUUCCACUGCUGUGCACUACAUGAGGAGGGUAGACGUAUCGCAGUGCACAAAAGCGUUGCCACGUCUCCGAUUCAGGAUUCCCAGCCGCGCGCUUCACCUCAGGGACGACCGAAGGGCCACGUCCGUUUUCUCGAUGCCGAGUCUGCGCGUCGGGGUGAACGAGACUCGUCGGAGAGCGAAACCGAGAACACCCUAGUCGAAGAUGAAGCAGUCACAUCGGAAAAGUUCCUCCUUCUUAUCGAUCAGUUGAGCGUCGAUCAAAAGCGGCAUCUGACCAUCAAGGACAUAGGCAUCAUACUCGAGAGACUCAGUUCCAAGAUACUCGACGUGGAGAGGUUGGACCGAGAGUCGGAAUCGGACGAUUGUUACAACUGGACGAUCAAGGCGACGAUUAGAGGAGACGCAUUGAGGGAGCUCGGCGUGAUAUACAAUGGAAAUUACUACGCGAUCAGUGAGCACCCGGGUUACCGGGAGGAAAAUGAGGAGGCUGGUGACGAGGGCGAGGAGGAGGAGGAGGAGGACCGGCUCUGA